AUGCGUUUAAAAAGGCUGGAAGCGGAAUUAAAGUCCUCUCUUGAACUCAAGAAGCGAGAAGCUCAAAAGUACAGCUCUGAAAGAGAUACUUUGGUGAAACAAGCACAAUCAUCGCAGGCAGCAUAUCAUGUCAAAGAAAAAGAAUGCGAAGAGCUUGCUUCAACACUUAUGCAAAGACAAGUGGAGGUGGAAAACUAUAAGGAAGACAUGAAGCAGCUUGAGCUCUCCAACACGUCCUUGUCGAAGGAGAUCUCGCGCCACCAGGCCAACAUAAAGUUAUUACAGACAACCUUGGAACACAGAAAUGACGAAGUGAAAGAGCUCAAAGCUCAUGUCGAUCGACUGUCAGCGGAGCUGGUUGCACUUGAUAGUGUGAACGCACUGUCAACGCGGAAUGCAGAUGCCAUUCUGAGCCAGUUGAGCUCUUCAAAUGUAAGGCUUCAAGAAGAGAGGAUCAAAAGGGAAGAACUUCAACAGGAGCUGCAUGAAGCACGCAAGGAGUGUGAACAGUUGCAAACCCGGGUUCAGCAAAUGGAACAACAAUCAAAAGAGGCAGAAGAAAAGUGGAAAAAGACCAUGUGCCAGCUUGAGUCCGAGCACGGUCAGUCCAAGGAAAAAAUAAGUCAGCUCCUGACAACAUUGCAAGACUUGGAGGCCAGAGCCAAGGAAUCUGGGAGCGAAAAAGAGGAGCUUCAAAAUCAGCUGGCUGCAUUGGAAGAUAAGGACAGGAAUACAACACAGGAGAAGGAAGGAUUGCAAGCCGAGUUGCAGUGCUUAACCACUGAGUUGAAAAGCACCAAGGAGUCCUUGGAAGCGAAACUAUUUAUGCUUACGACAGAAAAUCAGGAGCUAUCUGCAGCUGUUGCAGCGAAGACAGAAGCUGAAGCCCAGCUCGUCUCUAGGAACAAUACACUGAAAGAGAACCUUGAGGCGAAUGAAGCUGCAUCGAGCCAGAUGAAGGAACAAAUUGAGACACUUGAAAAGGACUAUAAGGAGUGUCAGGAGAAGCUGAUGUCAGCAGAGAAGCAAGCAAAGGAUCUGAAGAGGGACUACCAAAGGCAGAUGCAAUCAAAGCAGCUUGAACUGCAGAAACAUCUGCAGGAAAUUUCAAGGCGCAAUAAUCUCGCUAUGGCGGAGAUGCGGAAAGAAUUCGAGGCAGAGGCAACAAGGAGUGUGGAUGAAGAGCGGAAAAAGGCUCAAGAUGCACUUGAGAGCGCCAAGAAAAACCUUCAGAACCAAUUGGCAGAAGAGAAGGAGAAGUAUGGGGCCAGGAUCAAAACCCUCCUUGAGAAAAAUAAGUCACAGGUUGAGUCAAAGCUUCAAUCUACAGAGGAUUUGGUUACGAGAUUAAAGCUCCAGCAGAGCGAAGAGAUGGCGACUGCAAGAGCGUUGAUGGAGCAACAACAUGCAGAGGCCAUUGCAUCAUUGACGGAAGAGCUGGAAGGGAGGAUUGAGCUGGCCAAGACAGAACGUGAGGAAACCCUUAGGAUUCAGUUAGAAGAAAUGACACGUCAAUCCACCGAGCUCAAGGAAAAGUUGACAUCUAUGGAUCGGGAGUAUCAAGAGUUACAGGAGGUACACAGGGUUGAUAUGGACAAGCUGAAGGAAAUUAAUGACCUGCGACAGUCAGAGCUACAAUCAAGGCUUCGAGGAAUGGAAAAGAAGUGCAAGCAACAGCAGGAAAACCAUGAAGGCAUGCUGCGCAAUUUGCAUGACGAGCUAGAGCGGUGCUUGGCAGAGGCACAGGAGAAGCUGGAGAAAGCUGAAAAGAAAUGCACGCGACUUGAGGAGGAAAGCAGGGCCCGUGAAGCUCAACUCAAGGAGAGUUAUGAGCAACAAAUUGAGGAGUUGCGACAGAGUGAGAUGAGAUUGGAAGAGGAAUGCGCAACAACAAGAGUUGAGGCGGAGGGUCAUAUCAGCAGACUAAAGAUGGAACACGAGAACAUGCUGAACAAGAUCAACAUGGAGCAUGAGGACAGUCUUCGAAAGACUCAAAUGGAGCACGAGAACGUCAUCAAGAAGAAAGAUCUGGAGCACGACAGCAUCCUUAAAGCUAUGAAGCUGGAUCAUGAGAACGCACUGAAAACUCAGCGGAUGGGCUUUGACAGUUCUUUGAGGAAGAGGAAGCUAGAACAAGAAUCCCCUUUUAAGUCACAACGUGACAGCCUGACAGAGGAAACGGCUAAGUCAGGUGAAGCCAAGGAAGCCAUGGAGGCUAAGGAUGUGGAAUCAGGCAAAAGUCAAGCUGCACCGCAUCUGGAAAAGAAGUUGGAAGACUCCACUCCUGCGUCCAAUGGAGCAGCUGAAACACAGAAUCUUACUGCAUCGAAGACACUGAAGUCACGGAAAAAACUUUCGGGGAAGAAGUUGAGGCUCCAACCAGCAAUAUCUACACAACAGCAGGAUCUUGCUUUGGACGCAAAAGCUGCUACUUCCAAACAGUUGGAUUUCGUCACCAAAGCUACAUCUACGUUUUCCAAGAAGAAGAAGCUGAAGCACAUGGAAGCCGACUAUAAGCCUUAUGAUUCCAAGGUGGACUUCACUAAGGUUACGACUGGAUACAAUGCUGACUGGCAGGUUUCUGAAGUUAAUGUGGAUGACCCCUACGCCUUCUAA